CGCAGGGGGAGGAGUGGCGGCAGCCACCCCAGGUGGGUGUAACUGGAGACGGGAGGCGCGGCCAGGUCACUACCUGCGGAACCUGUCGGGCAGCUCAGUCAGUGACUGGGAGCGGUUCCCCGAGGCGCACGCACAGGUCGCUCUCCCGCAGCUACAGGGCCAAGCGCUCCGGACCGCCCGCCCGCCAUGGAGCUGCUCCGCGGGGCUGCGCUGCUGCUGCUGGUGGCCGCCGUGUGCUGGGCUCAGCAGGACCAGGGUUGUACAUGUGCCAAAAACAAACGCACAUCCAACUGCAUUGGCAAUGAUACCGGCUGCUGGUGCACAUCCAUUGGGUCAGAAGUCUCAGUCCGGUGUGACAAACUGACUUCAAAAUGUCUGCUGAUGAAGGCAGAAAUGGCUGGCUCGAAAUCUGGUCGUAGGGAGAAACCAAAACAUGCAUAUGUAGACAAUGAUGGCAUUUAUGAUCCUGACUGUGAAAACAGUGGCAUCUUCAAGGCUAGGCAGUGCAAUGGAACUUCCUGCUGGUGUGUGAACACUGCUGGAGCAAGAAGAACUGAAAAGAGUGAUGCAGACUUGCAGUGCAGUGAACUAGUCAGAACAAGCUGGAUCAUCAUUGAAACAAAACACAGUGAGAGAAGUACAGCUGUGGAUGCUUCUCGUUUGAAGGAAAGCAUCAAAAAUGAAUUUAAGGAGCGUUACUCGCUGGAUCCGAAGUAUAUAAGUGAUGUUGUGUAUGAAAACCCUUAUAUCACUAUUGAACUGAAGCAAAAUGUUUCCCAGAAGUCUGCUCAGGAUGUGGAUAUAGCUGAUGUGGCUUACUACUUUGAAAAAGAUGUCAAAGGUGACUCUCUAAUUCAGAGUGGCACACUAAACAUAAACAUCAGUGAAGAGCCUCUAAAAUUUGAUCAAGCUCUAAUCUACUAUGUUGAUGAAAAGCCACCAGAGUUUUCCAUGAAACGUCUGACUGCUGGUGUUAUUGCUGUCAUUGUAGUGGUGAUACUAGCAAUUGUUGCUGGAAUUAUUGUACUGGUAAUCACUAGGAAAAGGAGGGGAAAGUAUGAGAAGGCUGAGGCAAAGGAAAUGAAUGAAAUGCAAAGAGAAUUAAACCCAUAACUGAAGUCACUAAAGACAAAUCAUGAACUAUCAAGAAGGCAAACAGAACUAAAACAAGACUAGAAGUGUGGAUUUAAAUUUUGUAUAUGUUUGUGGUCUACGGGAAAAAAUUAUGUGACUUAGUGAUCUCUGAAAUUCUAAUGAGCAUAGAUAGGAUAAGUACUAGUACCACUGUUGCCAAUCUUGAGGGGGUGGGAGGGGUACAAGUUUAAUUUGGGAGCUGGAUAACUCUCCAAGAGAUUGUAGCGAUGAGCUGACUCUGCAGAAGUGUUGCAGUAACACAUCUAUUACAAACUUCCUACUGCAAAUAAUGGGAAAUUAAUCUAAAUACACUUUUUUGAGGCUGGCCUUGUCAGGGUAUAGCUACAGAACUCUGAAUACCUGCUCUCUGGCUCAUGUACAGUUGAAUAUGGCUUUGUUUUUAAAGAUGUCUGUAUGUACACUGUCUUUGAUACAUUUGCUGUAACUUUUUUUUAUGACUUGAAUUUAAUAAAACUCUAAAACAAA